CGCCGCCCGUUCGCCCCGCCCACGGCUUCGGACUUGCCGGGAGCAUUGACUUAAUAGAUAGCAGGUGGUAGGAUCCUGACCAGGAGCAGUGUUUGUCCCAGAGCAGGCGGUCGCCGAGGGUUUAAGCCCACCUGGGAAUCCGAAGCCUCGGGGCCGCCGCUUUCUGCCGUCUCUCGCCGCGCCACUGGGGCUUGAGUGAUUCCAGGGACGUAAAGACCCAGAACCAGUGCACCAGUGGACAGCUUCAGAUCACAUUGAAGCACCACCACCAACCACCUACACAAGUGACACACUGAAGGGAAGGACUCAUCAGGCACCAGAGCCCCACUGAGAUUUGAAACAAAACGGUGUCUAUGAAGAAAGACUGCAUACAAACCACAGUAUGUCAAGAAAGAAGAAAAGAUCCAGUAGAAAUGCUUCAUUCUGGGCAGCUGGUUAAAGUCUCUGCCCCAAUGGUUCGAUAUUCAAAGUUGGCUUUUAGAACACUAGUCAGAAAGUACAGUUGUGAUCUGUGCUACACACCAAUGAUAGUUGCUGCUGAUUUUGUCAGAUCUGUAAAAGCCAGAGACAGCGAAUUUACCACAAACCAAGGUGAUUGCCCACUGAUUGUUCAGUUUGCUGCUAAUGAUGCAAAGCUUUUAUCUGAUGCUGCUCGUAUAGUUUGUCCUUAUGCAAAUGGAAUAGACAUUAACUGUGGUUGCCCUCAGAGGUGGUCAAUGGCAGAUGGUUAUGGAGCUUGCUUAAUAAACAAACCAGAGCUUGUUCAAGAUAUGGUGAAACAAGUAAGAAAUCAAGUGGAAAAUCCCAGAUUUUCAGUAUCUAUUAAAAUAAGGAUCCAUGAUGAUCUGACAAGAACUGUAGAUCUUUGUCGAAAGGCUGAAGCAACAGGUGUUUCCUGGAUUACAGUCCAUGGGAGAACUGUUGAAGAAAGACAUCAACCAGUUCACUAUGAAGCCAUUAAAAUAAUUAAGGAAAAUAUGUCUAUACCUGUCAUUGCUAAUGGAGACAUCAGAAGCUUAAAAGAAGCAGAAAAUGUAUGGCAUAUUACUGGGACAGAUGGUGUGAUGGUUGCAAGAGGACUCUUAGCAAACCCGGCCAUGUUUGCUGGAUAUGAGGAAACCCCUCUGAAAUGCAUCUGGGACUGGGUUGACCUUGCUCUUGAACUUGGAACUCCUUAUAUGUGUUUCCAUCAACACUUAAUGUACAUGAUGGAAAAGAUAACUUCAAGGCAAGAGAAAAGAGUUUUUAAUGCUUUGUCAAGCACAACAGCAGUCUUAGAUUACCUAACAGACCAUUAUGGGAUUUGACUGGACUUCCUAAGUUAUUUUAAUACAUACUUUAAAGGAAGAGUGUUUAACAUUUUUAUAUUAAAUAAAACUUUUUACUUUAAUACUAAAAGUA